CAGCAGCCGAGCCUGAGCCAGUGCAGGCAGCCGCGAACAGUGAAGCAGCCAGCGAGCGAGUUUUGCGUGUGGUGUCAGUAGUGUAGAUCCGAGUGCUGAGCAGCAGCAGCAGCAGUGUCAGUGGGGAGAAGAGCAAAGAAUAUUCAGAAAUCCAAAAUGGACGAACUCUUUGUGGAAGUAUGCGGCGAAAACGGAGCCAACUAUAAGGGAGUUGUCACGGAUGUGUUCGAAGAUGGAGUCCUAGUUGCAUUUGAAAAUGACUGGCAGGAGGAGUCCAAGUUCCUGUUCAGUCAAGUCCGUCUACCUCCAACCGAUACCCCGACCACAUUCUGCGAGCACAUGGAGGUCGAGGUGUACUCCCGGUCCAACGAGAACGAAGCAUGCGGCUGGUGGCGAGCGGUCAUCAAGAUGAUGAAGGGCGACUUCUUCGUGGUGGAAUACCUCGGCUGGGACAACAGCUACACGGAAAUCGUUUCGGCCGAUCGACUGCGAGCGAAGAAUACCAACCCGCCGAUCAACGAAAAGACCUUCUUCCGGUUCGAGAUCGAAGUGCCGGAGGACAUCCGGGAGUAUGCUUUGUUGAGCAGUGCCAAAAUCGACGGCGUGCAUCGGGAGUUUCAGAAGGCGAUCGGUGCCGCCGAGUGUAGGUACAUCCCGGAACGGGGCACGCUGUUGGUGAUAUCGCGAAGCGAGACCACCCAGCGGAGGGCGAACAUGAUCCAGGAGAUGUGUUUCCGGAAUUUGAGCCAAAAGGUGAUGCUAUUGAAACGAACCGAAGAAGCUGCCAGACAACUAGAAUCGACGAAGCUACAGAAUUCCGGAGGAAAUUUUACUAACAAUCAGAGAAUUUCCGCUUUUAUUGGACAAUCAAUGAACGAGAGAUUCACGGACGAGUUCAAAGUACGAGAGGAUCUGAUGGGACUGGCGAUCGGUGCACAUGGGGCCAACAUCCAGACCGCUCGGAAACUGGACGGUGUGCUGAACAUCGAGCUCGAGGAAAAUACCUGCACGUUCAAAAUUUCUGGAGAGACUGACGAAGCGGUUAGGAAGGCCCGCGCCAUGCUCGAGUACAGCGAGGAAUCGCUGCAGGUCCCGCGGAAUCUCGUCGGCAAGGUGAUCGGCAAGAACGGACGCAUCAUCCAGGAGAUUGUGGACAAGAGCGGCGUCGUGCGCGUCAAGUCUGUCUCAUUGCAGAUCGAAGGGGACAACGAGCCGGAGCCGAGCAUCCCGCGCGAGGAAGGCCAGGUACCGUUCGUGUUCGUCGGUACGGUGGAGAGCAUCGCCAACGCCAAAGUGCUGCUCGAAUAUCAUCUAGUGCAUUUAAAGGAAGUCGAACAACUAAGGCAGGAAAAAUUGGAAAUCGAUCAACAGUUGCGGGCAAUUCAGGGCGCAACGAUGGGUUCGAUGCAGAACUUUUCCAUGAACCGUCGGUCGGAUCGGGCGUACAGUAGCGACGUGGACGGCGGUGGGCGGUCCGGUCGAGGCAUGCGUGGUCGUGGCGGUCGUGGUGGACGGGGAAACAAUCCUCGAUAUUCUGGUCGUCGCGAUACCGGUGAUGAUGAGUACGCACCGAGGGGUGGUGGUGGUGGCGGCGGUGGAGGAGGAGGAGGGGGAGGCGGUGGUGAUCGUGAUCGUGACCGUGACCAGCGCAACAACUACUCCGAGGGUGGCCGAGGUAAUCGGCGAGGUUACAGUGAAAAACGAGGCACCAGCAGCAAGCGAUCCGAUAGGAACAAAUCCCAGGGUCAGUCGUCGACGGGCGGUGGCGGUGGCGUGCAACAACAAUCGCAACAAGCCCCAUCGUCGUCGUCGUCGACGCAGCAAUCGACGCUACACGAUGAUCCCUGGGCGGAGCAUGUGGAGAGGGAGAACAACCGCGAGCUGAACAGCGUUGAUAGGGCAGAUAGUCACUCAUCGAACGAAGGAAUCCACAACCGAAGUCGCCGAAGAUCGAAGAACCCGGGCCACUCGAACAAAUCAAACGGAAACGUCCAAUCGAUGAGCGUCAAGUCGGGCAGCAAUGCGACCGCCAACAGUACCGGUGGCAACAGUACGGCAGACCAUCAUGACAACGGAAGCACAAGCGCAGCGGCUGUCAACAGCAAACAGCAGAAUCAUCAGCCUCUCAGUACGGUCAACAGUAACAGUGUUGCCGGUGCUGCCGUGUCGAACAGUAGCAAUAGCCAGCAACAGCAACAGCAGCAGCAGCAGCCACCGCCCAAAGGUCAGCGGGAGAAUCCCCGGGGCCGAGGAGGUCGCGGUGGCGGUGCCGGUGGUGGCGGUGGUGGUAAGCAUAAGCAAAAUCAGCAACAGAAUCAGAACCAGGCAGCCGCUGGCGGCGCCACCGUUCUCAAUAACAGUGUUGCCACUGCUGAGCUCCAUCACCAUCACGGUGGCAGCGUUGCCGGUGGUAAGGAAACGCUGGUCAAUGGCUCCUCUUAGAAGAAGCACCAGGUGGCAUCAAUGGCGGCAGUGGUUUUGCGCCUGUUGGUGGGAGUGUGAAACAUAAACAAUUGCAAACACACUCACCCGCCCACAGACACACACACACACAUAACAGAAACUAUUCAACUAUCAUUAAAAAUUACCCAAUCUGAGAAAUGCAUAAAACAAUACACACACAAGAAACACAAUUAAUACAAAAAAAAUACGCGCUCGGACUCGGAAUUCGAGGGAGAGGAUGAAACAGAGAACGAGCGAUCGAACAGACUUUACUACCUACCCAAUUGCUACGAAUAUUUUUGCGUGUAUUCAAAAAUAAGAAAAUAUUACACAGAGCAAGAUAGAGAGAGAGAGAGAGAAGGGAAAAUUCAAGCCAAGAGGAAUAGGAAAAAAACAUUAGAGCAGAAGAAGAAUUGAGCAGUAGCUGUGUAAAACUGAAAGAGAAACAAAAAUUAGAAGAACUAAAACUACUAUGUUGUAUAAUAGAUGUGCAGCAGCAGCAGCAGCAGCGCGAAUCAGGUUCGAGAGAAUAGAAAAGCGGACAACAAACAAACAAGCAAAAUAAUCGAUUUGCAUCAGCAUAAUUUAGAGACAGGGUUUUUGCUGCGACCAAACCUAACCUCUUCUCAAUAUAGGCUUCUCGGAAAGAUGAGAUAUGAGAUGAGGAGGGCAAAAACUCUCCCAGAGAGAUGAAAUCAAGAAAGAGCACUGAAUUACUAUAAUAAUAAUAAUAAUAACGAGAGCGUUUACUGAACUUUAAA